CGAAAGGAGCAGAGUUUCGGGGCUAGGGCACAGCCUGCGGCCGCGCAUUCUUGCGUCUGGCUAGCCGCGGGCUCUAAGGGUCUGCCCCGCCCGGCCCGCCCCCGCGGCUCCUUGCCACGCUCUCGCGGGCGCGCUCGGGGUGGGGCUUCGCGGCCGGCGGAGAUGCGGCCGGGGCUGCGCGGCGGUGAUGCGAGCCUGCUGGGCGGCGCGCCGGGGCAGCUGGAGCCGCGCGCCGCGGCGCUGUAAUCGGACACCAAGAGCGCUCGCCCCCGGCGUCCGGCCACUUUCCAUUCACUCCGAGGUGCUUGAUUGAGCGACGCGGAGAAGAGCUCCGGGUGCCGCGGCACUGCAGUGCUGAGAUUCCUUUACAAAGAAACUCAGAGGACCGGGAAGAAAGAAUUUCACCUUUGGGACGUGCUAGAAAAUAAGGUCGUUUGGGAAAAGGACUGGAGACACAAGCGGAUCCAACCCCUGUAGUAAAUUGAUGACUUUUCCGUGCUGAUUUCUUCCAACCUCGGUAUUUUCCCUUGGAGAUUAACUUACAUAUCUGAAGAAAUGGCAUUCCGGAAAAUUUGCGUGUUGGUUGGAGUAUUUAUUUGUUCUAUCUUUGUAAAAGGAUCUUCCCAGCCUCAAGCAAGAGUUUAUUUAACAUUUGAUGAACUUCGAGAAACCAAGACCUCUGAAUACUUCAGCCUUUCCCACCACCCUUUAGACUACAGGAUUUUAUUAAUGGAUGAAGAUCAGGACCGGAUAUAUGUGGGAAGCAAAGAUCAUAUUCUUUCCCUGAAUAUUAACAAUAUAAGUCAAGAACCGUUGAGUGUUUUCUGGCCAGCAUCUACAAUCAAAGUUGAAGAAUGCAAAAUGGCUGGCAAAGAUCCCACACACGGCUGUGGGAACUUUGUCCGUGUAAUUCAGACUUUCAAUCGUACACAUUUAUAUGUCUGUGGGAGUGGUGCUUUCAGUCCCGUCUGUACUUACUUGAACAGAGGGAGGAGAUCAGAGGACCAAGUUUUCAUGAUUGACUCCAAGUGUGAAUCUGGAAAAGGACGCUGCUCUUUCAACCCCAACGUGAACACGGUGUCUGUUAUGAUCAAUGAGGAGCUUUUCUCUGGAAUGUAUAUAGAUUUCAUGGGGACAGAUGCUGCUAUUUUUCGAAGUUUAACCAAGAGGAAUGCGGUCAGAACUGAUCAGCAUAAUUCCAAAUGGCUAAGUGAACCUAUGUUUGUAGAUGCACAUGUCAUCCCAGAUGGUACUGAUCCAAAUGAUGCUAAGGUAUACUUCUUCUUCAAAGAAAAACUGACUGACAAUAACAGGAGCACAAAACAGAUUCAUUCCAUGAUUGCUCGAAUAUGUCCUAAUGACACUGGUGGACUGCGUAGCCUUGUCAACAAGUGGACCACUUUCUUAAAGGCGAGGCUGGUGUGCUCGGUAACAGAUGAAGAUGGCCCAGAAACGCACUUUGAUGAAUUAGAGGAUGUGUUUCUGCUGGAAACUGAUAACCCGAGGACAACACUAGUGUAUGGCAUUUUUACAACAUCAAGCUCAGUUUUCAAAGGAUCAGCAGUGUGUGUGUAUCAUUUAUCUGAUAUACAGACUGUGUUUAAUGGGCCUUUUGCCCACAAAGAAGGGCCCAAUCACCAGCUGAUUUCCUAUCAGGGCAGAAUUCCAUAUCCUCGCCCUGGAACUUGUCCAGGAGGAGCAUUUACACCCAAUAUGCGAACCACCAAGGAGUUCCCAGAUGAUGUUGUCACUUUUAUUCGGAACCAUCCUCUCAUGUACAAUUCCAUCUACCCAAUCCACAAAAGGCCUUUGAUUGUUCGUAUUGGCACUGACUACAAGUAUACAAAGAUAGCUGUGGAUCGAGUGAAUGCUGCUGAUGGGAGAUACCACGUCCUGUUUCUCGGAACAGAUCGGGGUACUGUGCAAAAAGUGGUUGUUCUUCCUACUUUUUUUUUUUUUUUUUUUUUUCUCAUUCUGGAGGAGCUGGAAGUCUUUAAGAAUCAUGCUCCUAUAACGACAAUGAAAAUUUCAUCUAAAAAGCAACAGUUGUAUGUGAGUUCCAAUGAAGGGGUUUCCCAAGUGUCUCUGCAUCGCUGCCACAUCUAUGGUACAGCCUGUGCUGACUGCUGCCUGGCACGGGACCCUUAUUGCGCCUGGGAUGGCCAUUCCUGCUCCAGAUUCUACCCAACUGGGAAACGGAGGAGCCGAAGACAAGACGUGAGACAUGGAAACCCACUGACUCAAUGCAGAGGAUUUAAUCUAAAAGCAUACAGAAAUGCAGCUGAAAUUGUCCAGUAUGGAGUAAAAAAUAACACCACUUUUCUGGAGUGUGCCCCCAAGUCUCCGCAGGCAUCUAUCAAGUGGCUGUUACAGAAAGACAAAGACAGGAGGAAAGAGGUUAAGCUGAAUGAACGAAUCAUAGCCACUUCACAGGGACUCCUGAUCCGCUCUGUUCAGGGUUCUGACCAAGGACUUUAUCACUGCAUUGCUACAGAAAAUAGUUUCAAGCAGACCAUAGCCAAGAUCAACUUCAAAGUUUUAGAUUCAGAAAUGGUGGCCGUUGUGACAGACAAAUGGUCCCCAUGGACCUGGGCCAGCUCUGUGAGGGCUUUACCCUUCCACCCGAAGGACAUCAUGGGAGCAUUCAGCCACUCAGAAAUGCAGAUGAUUAACCAAUACUGCAAAGACACUCGGCAGCAACAUCAGCAGGGAGACGAGUCACAGAAAAUGAGAGGGGACUAUGGCAAGUUAAAGGCCCUCAUCAAUAGCCGGAAAAGUAGAAACAGGAGGAAUCAGUUGCCAGAGUCAUAAUAUUUUCUUAUGUGGGUCUUAUGCUUCCAUUAACAAAUGCUCUGUCUUCAAUGAUCAGAUUUUGAGCAAAGAAACUUGUGCUUUACCAAUGGGAAUUACUGAAAAAGGUAAUUACUCCUAAAGUGAGUUUUACAUGAACUGAAAUGAGCAUGCAUUUUCUUGUAUGAUAGUGACUAGCACUAGACAUGUCAUGGUCCUCAUGGUGCAUAUAAAUAUUUAACUUAACCCAGAUUUUAUUUAUAUCUUUAUUCACCUUUUCUUCAAAAUCGAUAGGGUAGCUACAAAACUAGAAUUGUUGCAUCCCUCAAUUGAAUGAGGGCCAUAUCCCUGUGGUAUUCCUUUCCUGCUCUGGGGCUUUAGAAUUCUAAUUGUCAGUGAUCUUAUAUAUGAAAACAAGUUCCAAAUCCACAGCUUUUACAUAGUAAAAGUGUAAAUGCAUAUGACAGAAUGGCUAUCAAAAGAAAUAUAAAAGGAAGAAGGCAUUUACAGUUAUGUGAAAACAUGAGUUAUUCAUAAAGAGAAAAUGAUGAGUUUAUAUGGUUCCAAUGAAAUUUUUUUUUUUUUUUUAAGAUUGUAGAAAUAAUCAGUUACUGGUAUCUGUCAUUGACCUUUGUUUCCUUAUUCAGGAAGAUAAAAAUCAGUAACCUGCCCCAUGAAGAUACUUGAUGGGAGUUAUAUCAGUGAAGCAGUUCGGCUUAUAUUCUUAUGUUAUCACCUUCCAAACAAAAGCACUUACUUUUUUUGGAAGUUAUUUAAUUUAUUUUAGACUCAAAGAAUAUAAUCUUGCACUGUUCAGUUAUUACUGUUUGUUCUCUUAUUUCCUAGUCUGUGUGGCAAAUUAAAAAAUAUAAGAAGGAAAAAUCUUUGAAGUAUUAGACUUCUAAAUAACGGGUGAAAUCAUCAAAAAGAAAAAUCAAAGUAGAAACUACUAAUUUUUAAAGAGGAAUUUAUAACAAAUGUGGCUAGUUUUCAACUUCAGUACUCAAAUUCAAUGAUUAAUUCUCCCUUUUAUUAAAACCAGUCUCAGAUAUCACACUGAUUUUUAAGUCAACACUAUAUAUUUUAUGAUCUUUUUGGUGUGAUGGCAAGGUGCUUGUUAUGUCUAGAAAGUAAGAAAACAGUAUGAAGAGACAUUCUUUCUUUCAAAAGGUAAUGGUACUAUGUUCACUGGUCUCUAAGUGUAAAUGUAGUAAGUUUUGUGAUGAAUAAAAUAAUUAUCUCCCAAUUGUAUGUUUGAAUAAUUUUAUUAGAAAAAUUUCAUACUGAAAUUAUUUUCUCCAAAUAAAAAUUAGAUGGAAAAAUGUGAAAAAAAUUAUUCAUGUUCUCAUAUAUAUUUAAAAAACACUACUUUUGCUUUUUUAUUUACCUUUUAAGAUAUUUUCAUGCUUCCAGGUAAAGACAGAUAUUGUACCAUGUACCUAAUCCAAAUCUUGUAUAAAAAUUUUAUUUAUAGUUAAUAAUCUAUGAUGAAGGUAAUUAAAGUAGAUUAUGGCCUUUUUAAGUAUUGCAGUAUAAAACUUCAAAAACUAAAGUCAUUGUCAAAAUGAAUAUGAUUAUUAGUCAGAAUAUCAGAAUAUGAUUCACUAUUUAAGUUAUCAUAAAUUAUGAUAAUAUAUGAGGAGGCCUCGAUAUGGCAAAAAUAGUUAAAAUGCAUAACAUAACACCAAACUUCAUUUUUAAAAAAAUCUGUUGUUCCAAAUGUGUAUAAUUUUAAAGUAAUUUCUAACGCAGUUUAUUAUAAUGGUUUGCCUGCUUAAAAGGUAUAAUUAAACUUUUCUCCUCUACAUUGACACAUAGAAAUGUGUCAGUGUAAAGCCAAAACCAUCUUCUGUGUUUAUGGCCAAUCUAUUCUAUGUCCAAAGUUAAAAGUAAAAUUGUUUCAGAGUCACAGUUCCCUUUGUUUCACAUAAGCCCAAAUUGAUAGACAGUAAGGGUGUUUAGUUUUAUACUAUAUUUGUGCUAUUUAAUUCUUUAUAUUAUCACAAUUAUUAAAUUGUGUAUACUUUCAUUACUUUUAAAAAUGUAGAAAUUCUUCAUGAACAUAACUCUGCUGAAUGUAAAAGAAAUUUUUUUUCAAAAAUGUUGUUAAUGUAUACUACUGGUGGUUGAUUGGUUUUGUUUUGUGUAGUUUGACAAUUCAGGACUUAAUAUCUUUUCCAUUUGUAUUGUACAUAAAAUUUUCUAGAAAUACACUUUUUUCCAAAGUGUAAGUUUGUGAAUAGAUUUUAGCAUGAUGAAACUGUCAUAAUGGUGAAUGUUCAAUCUGUGUAAGAAAACAAACUAAAUGUAGUUGUCACACUAAAAUUUAAUUGGAUAUUGAUGAAAUCAUUGGCCUGGCAAAAUAAAACGUGUUGAAUUCCCCAAC